AUGCAACUUCAUCGACGUGCCAAAUUCAUUUGCGAAGCCGCUGUUUUGUUGGUGGGAAUGGCCAACAGAAUUGUGCCAUUCAUUGUUCACAUUUCAAAAGUGCACUUUAACAAUCACUUCGCAAACCAGGCGAUGAUGUCUCAAGCGGUGGCAAAUCACGGUAAUCCAUACAAUAAUCCUGCCCUUCAGAACAGUGCGUUUACACAGUUGCUGAACUUCCAACGGAAUGCCAAUGCCGCCGCAGUAAGCGCUGCGCCACGAUACAACUUCGACUACCCGGCUAAUACCAAGGCCAGCGAUCGACCGGCUGGAUUCAACAUGAUCACGCCUCUGGAAAAUAUCCAACGCUACACUCAGCAGGGUGGUUCGACGGCCAGCAGUCACCAGCAGUUCUCGUCCAGUAUAAUCAACCAAAUGAAACCCUAUUAG